UGUGUGGACAUGGCUGACUUUGGGGAGAUCCUUAGGAACGUCGGGGAGUUUGGAACCUUCCAGAAGCUCCUAAUCUGCGCGGUUUCCUUCCCGAAUCUUAUAAUUUUUUUCACAUUAGCCAGCGUACUCUUUAUCCAGUCGGACCCGGAGCGACAUUGCAACACGGACUGGAUCCUGAAGGCCGACGCUAACCUGACCCGGCAGGAGCAGCUGAACCUGACCGUUCCUCUGGAGCAGGACGGUUCUUUCAGCAGGUGUCGCAUGUUUGCUCCGGUGGACUGGGACAUUGGGACCAUCAGGGAACGCGGACUCAACGAGACCACGGUGUGCCAAAAUGGUUGGGUGUACAACAGUGAACUUUAUACAGCCACCAUAGUCACUGAUUUUGAUCUGGUAUGUGAUCGGGCUCAUUUACCACAACUGACACAAUCAGUCGGAAUGUUGGGCGUUCUGUUUGGUUGUCUCUUGUUUGGACCUUUUGCUGAAUCGAUUGGUCGUAAACGAGCAGCUCAAAUUCCGAUGGUUCUGUCCCUCAUUUUUACUGUCACCAGCGCUCUGUGCCCAUACUACGAACUAUUUCUACUGUCACAGUUUUUGGUCGGCAUUGGCAGCGGAGGUUUUCGGCUAAACGGCAUCAUAAUAGCCACAGAGUGGAUUGGUCCUUCCAAAAGAUCUUGGGCAACAUGCAUCAUUCAAAUAUGCGGUGCAAUCGGACAGGUUGUCAUUGCCGGUCUGAUCUAUGCCGUCAGAGACUGGAGACUAGCUCAACUCAUCACUGCAGUUCCACAAACGGUCAUUUGUAUUUAUAUCUGGUUCCUUCCAGAGUCCGCCAGGUGGCUGUUGGACAGAGGGAGGACAGAAGAAGCUAAAAAGUUGCUGUCUAAUGUGGCAGCUGUCAAUAAACGCACCUUCACAGAUUCUCUCCUGGAAAAGGUUGUCGUGAAUAAAAAAGAGACAAAGAGUGGUUUUUUAAUACUGUUUCAGUCAUCAAUGCUAAGGAAGUACUUCUUUACCAUGAUAUUUAUAUGGUUCUCAUUGAACAUUGGCUACUUUUGCAUCACCUUCAAUGUGGGGAACUUUGGCUUGGACGUUUUCAUGACGCAGAUGUUCUUUGGUCUGACUGAGAUGCCGGCUCAGAUACUUUGUAUGUGGCUGCUGGAAGCCGUGGGGAGAAGAAUAUCCUUCAUCUCCACACUUCUGGUUGGGGGGCUCUUGUGUGUCCUGAUGCUCGUGUUCAAUCAAGGAAAUGCCGUUGCUGUGACCACACUGGCAACGUUAGGACGCUUCACGUUCAUCUGGGCGUUAAGCAUAUGCAAUGUUUAUCUUCAGGAGUUAUUCCCAACGUCUUGUCGACAAACAGCCUUCGGUUUAGGCACCAUCUUGUGCCGGGUUGGCAGUCUUAUUGCUCCGUUGAUCAACAUGUUGGCGAUGUACCACUGGUCAAUACCCACCGUAAGUUUCAGCGUCCUCAUAUUGAUCAGCGGGGGUCUCAGUUUCCUGCUUCCCGAGACCUGCGGGACUGAGCUACCGGAGACGACGGAGGAGGUGGAGAGAAACCGAAAUAAGAAGAAAAUGAAGAAAGAAUGUGAAAGGAAUACACACAUCGCAUCAAGUAGACUGUAAUGUCUGCUCCACUAUCAACAGCUUUUUAAGCUGGUCUAUGGGUCCAAACAAUAUUCCGAAUAUUUGAAUAAAAAAACAAUUGAGGACUGUGCACAAAAAUAUUUUAUUUUGUUUGAAUUAACGACUAAAUAAAGAUAAUUUGUAGUUAGAAAUGAUUUUUGAUGUACAGUUUGUAUGUAAUAUUAACAUUAUACAUUUUGUAAAUAUAUAUUUUUUACCCUUUUAUAUUUGUAUUUUAUAAUGUGAAUUGUUUGUAGUUUUUCUUUCGCAAAAACGAUAUUCCUUUGACAAUGUUUCACGUCGUGUAUAUUUUGUGGUCCCUUUUCGAUUUGUAUGUAAUUCAGUUGUCACGGCCGUGCCUCACAUUGCGUUUUGUUAGCGUUCUCCGGCGUUUAGUGUUUUAGUUCCUGUCCUGUGCUUUUAUUUUGGCGGCUCUUUCACUUCUGUCCUGGAGCAUUUUCACGCACCUGUUUGCUGUUGACAAUCAAGACUAUUGAAGUUGAUUCUUUUGCUACCUUCAUUGUCUACAGAGGAUCAUUUUCACGCUAAACUCAAAUACUCACUACUUUGUGGACGCCAUCUGCUCCACCUUCAUCCUAAGAGUUGUUUGCCGCAUUUUGUUUUGUUUCUUAGUCUGGCCGUUCAGGGCACUUCCCUUCUGUUCUGAAUUUUCGUUUUUUUUCCUGUUUAGGUAAUAAAUACCCCUUUUUACUUCACAUUGCUACGUCGUUCAUCUGCAUCCUCAAAAUCACAAUAUGACGCACCGCUUAACGUCAUUACUUUUAUAAACAGUAUACAGCAGAUAUCAUACAGAACCCAUAACAGUUUGCAGAUGGCUGGCCAAGACUGGCCAAGACUGGCCUCUGGACUCGAACCCUUAGACCUCAGCACAUGCAUAUUAAUUACAGUACAUCAGGAACAGUACGUUGCACAAAAGAAAAACCUCAUUAUUGCACAAACUGUCUCAAAAAAUAGAUUAUUUUUGACAAUCGGGACUAUUUAAGUUGAUCCUUUUUGCUACCUUCAUUGUCUACAGAGGAUCGUUUUCAUGCCAAGCUCAAAUACGCACUACUUUGUGGACGCCAUCUGCUCCACCUUCAUCCUAUGUGUUGUUUGCCGCAUUUUGUUUUGUUUCUUAGUCUGGCCUUUCAGGGCACUUCCCUUCUGUUCUGAAUUUUCGUUUUUUUUCUCCUGUUUAGGUAAUAAAUACCCCUUUUUACUUCA